AUGUACGGAGUAUAUCUCGAGCAACUGGGGAUUUUGCAAAGGAGCAUAUCUAAAUAUGGAACUGGCGCCAAUAUUCAAGAAGGCUUACGGGUUCCGUUUAAUAUUCGAACCCCGGAUAACGAAACCCUCUAUGCAUGGCACAUCGUCCCACCCCGUCUGUUCAAAGAUAACGAAGCGGCUUUCCUUGUCAAUGCCUCAUCAGGUCCUGCUGAAGAUGUCACCAAGACUAUUACUUUCAAUCUUCUCGCGCAAGACCCCAAUGCGAGGGUCGUUUUAAACCCUCAUCUGGGGUCCGGAUAUCGCCCUCAAAUGUACCGCAGCUUCCUUGCAGCAUCUACCCCAAAACACCCUGUGCACGUUAUAGCAUUUGACUAUCGAGGCUUCGGAAAAUCCACAGGCUCGCCAACUGAGGAAGGUUUAAUCACUGAUGCGCUGUCACUAAUCAACUAUCUUACCUCUCCCCCGCUCUCCAUCCAUCCAUCCCGUAUUGUCGUCGCUGGCCAGAGCCUUGGGACCGCAGUCGCAGCCGGCGUCGUAGAACGAUACACGUUCGGUGACCCCUCAUCCGUCCCGGAACCGCUGGCAGGCGUCAUUGUGUUCGCCCCAUUCUCGAGCAUCCACACCGUCAUAAGCACAUACCGUCUCUUCGGAUUCUUCCCCCCGAUACUCUCUGCUCUAUCACCCUAUCCCCGGUUCCUGAACUAUAUCCUUGGCCACAUCGUAGAUACAUGGGAUUCAGCGUCCCGCUUCGCCCGACUCACUGGCGCUUUUCCUCAACCUGGCGAUGUAGAUUCUUCACAUGCAAGCCAAGGGUUCAAUCUUGCCCUUGUCCAUGCCGUGAAUGACGCCCAGAUCCCGUGGCCAAAUGGACACGGAGUUUAUGAGGCUGCGAUAGGAGGUCCAAAUGCCAGUGUCCUAGGCAGUUACGUGCAUGAGUAUGCAUCUGACGAUGAGGUCGUGCAGGUGAAAGUAUGGGAAAAGAAUUUGAGCACAAAGUCUGGUGAGAAAAGGGUGAAAAGAGUGCGGUGGGAGCGGGUCCGAUAUGGAGGACACAACGCAGUUGCGGCGACCACUACAGCAACGCUCUCGAUUAUACGGAUGUUUGAGAAAUAG